CCCAGACUAGCAUGCCUUCUUUUACCAGUCGCCCUUCUCCCUGCAUUGUUUAGGAUCAGCUGUGCAUGGAUCUGAAACCCCACCCAAUGAGGAAGGACAAACCGUAGGGAGGAACAGGGACUGCAAGAAAACAGAGCGGGGAGUCUUUUACCACAGUGACGGUCAUUACAAGGCAACAAUAACGCUUAUUGCCGUUUUCUGUACAUUUUUCUCCAAGGAAGAGGAAGGAAGGCUAUACUGCAACAUUUCUCCUACUGUGCGCCGCGACGGUGAAGCUAGUCAGCUGAUAUUUUGUUAGCAAUUUCCAACGAGCGGCGACGAGAUGAUUGCCUUGAUUAACAAGCUUCUGGACUGGUUUAAAGCGCUGUUUUGGAAGGAAGAGAUGGAACUGACAUUGGUCGGUUUGCAGUAUUCGGGGAAGACCACCUUUGUAAACGUGAUUGCGUCGGGCCAGUUCAGCGAGGACAUGAUCCCCACUGUGGGCUUCAACAUGAGGAAGAUCACCAAGGGAAAUGUCACCAUCAAGCUUUGGGAUAUCGGAGGCCAGCCUCGAUUCAGGAGUAUGUGGGAGAGGUACUGCCGUGGAGUCAGCGCUAUAGUAUAUAUGGUUGACGCUGCUGACCCUGAAAAGAUCGAGGCCUCCAAGAACGAACUGCACAACUUGUUAGACAAGCCCCAGCUGCAGGGCAUUCCAGUACUUGUUUUGGGAAACAAAAGAGAUCUUCCAGGUGCCUUGGACGAGAAGGAGCUGAUCGAGAGAAUGAAUCUGUCUGCCAUUCAAGACCGAGAGAUCUGCUGUUACUCCAUCUCAUGCAAGGAGAAAGACAACAUCGACAUCACGCUACAGUGGCUGAUCCAGCACUCAAGGACCAGGAGAAGCUGAGCCCCUCUCAUCCAUCUGACCCUGCCCUAACCCUGGAGGAACCGUGUCCGGUGUACACACACACACACAUAUAUAUACACACACACAUACGUACACUAACACAAACACACACACACACACUCUCAUGGGCUUCUCAGAUUUACUCUUCAA